AUGGUGGAUAGCUCCCGGGCCGCAGACUCUUACAAUGAAGUGGCACGAAGGCGGACAGGCGACUUGAGCAGCAAAGAGACACCCUUUCGAUUCUUCAGCAACUACGUGAAAAAGUGUCUCAUCCAAUUUGCUCUAGAUCAUAUCAAGCACAAGGCGGGUCGGCGUAACGCUCUUGUGCUUGACUUGGCGAGCGGAAGAGGAGGUGACAUAGGGAAGUGGCUUCACUCCCAAAGUCCGGAGCUGAGCUUCGCCACGAAGAAUUUGCCGCCAGAGCGUUUGGUGAGAGCAGCCUUUCUUGAGUGUCAUGAUGUUUCGCCGGAGUGCGUGGCGGCGGCGCAGAAGCGCUACAGCGAAUUUUCAUCGAGUGCAGUCUGUAAAUGUGUCUUCACCGUUAGCGACUGCUUCAGCGAGGAAUUUCUCCGUAGCCAACUUUUGAUGUCAGAGCAUUAUGGUAAGUACGACAUUGUUUCCAUUCAAUUUGCGUUUCACUACGCGUGUGAUACACUAGAGCGAAUAGACAUGCUUUUGGGUGCGAUUGCUGGGGCAUUGGCGACUGAAGGUGUCUUCAUUGCGACAACAGUUGAUGAAGAAACGCUUUCUCAGCGUGUCCGCGAAAAACGAACGGAAUGCGGUGGAUUGUUUGCCAUAAGCUUUGAUUCGAAACCUCUCUGGGAGGGCGAGAAGCUCGCGGUGGGCACAAAAUAUCGUUUCGCAUUGGACGGAUUUGUGGAUUGUGACGAAUACGUCGUGCCGAUGGCAUACGUCCGAGAGCGUGCAAGACACUAUGGCAUGGAGGAAGUGGUGGAGUUUUCCAAGCCCUUCCGAUCGUUCUAUGCCGAUUACAAGGGGGAUUCGAGUAAGAAUAAGGGGAUGUAUUUGGUUCGAGGAGAAAUGGACCUCGCCACGUUGUACCGUUCGCUGUGCUUCCGAAAAACAGGCUGA